GUCAUGGCAAGAACUAAACAGACCGCUCGUAAAUCCACCGGUGGAAAAGCCCCGAGGAAGCAGCUCGCUACUAAAGCCGCCCGUAAGAGCGCACCAGCCACCGGCGGAGUCAAGAAGCCUCAUCGUUACAGGCCCGGUACCGUGGCUCUGCGAGAGAUCCGCCGUUAUCAGAAGUCCACUGAGCUGCUGAUUCGCAAACUGCCUUUCCAGCGUCUGGUGAGAGAAAUCGCUCAGGAUUUCAAGACGGAUCUGCGCUUCCAGAGUUCCGCUGUCAUGGCCCUGCAGGAGUCCAGCGAGGCUUAUUUGGUCGGUCUGUUUGAGGACACCAACUUGUGUGCCAUCCAUGCCAAGAGGGUCACCAUCAUGCCCAAAGACAUUCAGCUGGCCCGCCGCAUUCGUGGAGAACGAGCUUAAAUCCACAUGACGUCAUCCACAUCAAACCCAAAGGCUCUUUUAAGAGCCACUUAAAUCCCACUGAAAGAGAUCAUUCCCAGUUUUCAUUAGUAAUGGUUUAUAAGGUAAUGGUAAAUGUCAUUCUAAAAUGUUCCCAAAUAGAUGAGGUUAACUUAAACUAAUCGAUAGUGUCAUAAAACAAAUUAAAAUGAGUUGGAAAAACAAUUUCUGAAGCUAUUUUACUUGUAAUUAGUGAAUACAAGUGAUCGUUUUAGCACCAGUUUAUUUCACUAGGAAACUUCUGCGAUAUAGUACAUACAACACGCCACAUAAUUAUUAUAAUAUUUAAAUAAAU